GGGAUAGUUUGACAUCGCGCAUGCGCAGUGUCAUACCGGCGACGGCUGUACAAACGGUGGCCUAGCGAAUAAUAAGUGGAUUAUAGAGCCCAAUUUGACAGGCUACACAAUGAGUCAGGGUAAGGACAAUGCACGACUCAAGAGCUACAAGAACAAGUCCCUCAACACAGAUGAAAUGAGAAGAAGGAGGGAAGAGGAAGGCCUACAGCUUCGGAAACAGAAGAAGGAUGAACAGCUCUUUAAGAGGAGGAAUGUUGCCACAGUGGAGGAUGACGGCCUCCCCGAGGAGGAUGGGAUGGCCGAUAGCGGCUACCUGGAGUCCCAGGCUAACAACAUGGAUCCAAACACGGGUGGAGUGAUCUCUGAAGACAUGACUCAGAUGAUCUUCUCCAGUAGUCCUGAGCAGCAGCUAAUAGGCACUCAGCGCUUUAGGAAACUGCUUUCUAAAGAACCCAACCCACCCAUCGAUGAAGUCAUCGCCACUUCAGGCGUGGUGGAGCGCUUUGUUGAGUUCCUGAAGAGGAAAGAAAACUGUACACUUCAGGUACAUUUCCACAGUCUGCAGUUUGAGGCUGCGUGGGUGUUGACUAACAUCGCAUCGGGGACAUCCCAUCAGACUCGGGUGGUGAUCCAGGCAGGAGCUGUGCCCAUUUUCAUAGAGAUGCUCAGCUCGGAUUUCGAAGACGUACAGGAACAGGCAGUGUGGGCCUUGGGAAACAUAGCAGGAGACAGCACAGAAUGCAGAGACUUUGUCAUAGACUGCAACAUCCUGCCUUCCCUGGUGCAGUUAUUGGCCAAACAGAACCGUCUAACAAUGAUGAGGAAUGCAGUGUGGGCGCUCUCAAACCUGUGCAGAGGAAAAAACCCACCUCCGGACUUCGCUAAGGUGUCCCCGUGUCUCAGUGUGCUGUCCUGGCUGCUGUUCGUCAAUGACACAGACAUCCUGGCUGAUGCAUGCUGGGCACUCUCCUACCUAUCUGACGGCCCCAACGACAAAAUCCAGGCUGUUAUUGACUCAGGAGUCUGUCGCAGGCUGGUGGAGCUACUGCUGCACUCUGACUAUAAGGUGGUAUCUCCUGCACUGAGAGCUGUUGGGAACAUAGUCACAGGAGAUGAUCUGCAGACACAGGUGAUUUUGAACUGUUCGGCGCUGCAGUCCCUCCUGCACCUCCUGAGCAGCCCCAAGGAGUCCAUCAAGAAGGAAGCGUGCUGGACCAUCUCCAACAUCACCGCAGGGAACCGAGCACAAAUACAGAUGGUGAUGGAUGCCGACCUGCUGCCUCCUCUCAUCACCAUCCUGCAGGUCGCAGAGUUUCGCACAAGGAAGGAGGCAGCCUGGGCCAUCACCAACGCCACCUCAGGGGGCUCUGCAGAGCAAAUUAGGCACAUUGUGGAUCUCGGCUGUAUAAAACCUCUCUGUGACCUGCUCACACUCAUGGACUCCAAAAUAGUUCAGGUGGCUCUCAACGGCCUGGAGAACAUCCUGCGACUGGGAGAGCUGGAGGCCAAGAGGGGGGGGGGCAUCAACCCCUAUUGUGCCCUCAUCGAAGAGGCCUACGGCCUGGACAAGUUGGAGUUCCUGCAGGGCCACGAGAACCAGGAGAUCUACCAGAAGGCCUUCGACCUGAUCGAGCGCUACUUCAACACCGAGGACGAGGACCCGGCUCUGGCCCCGGCCGUGGACCUGCAGCAGCAGCAGUUCCUCUUCCAGCAGUGCGAGGCCCCCAUGGAAGGCUUCCAGCUAUAAUGCUAAAAACCCUUUCCUCCCCAUGUGCUCCACCUCCAUCCUCAUCUCUCUCUCUCUCUCUCUGCCCACUGCCACGAUCAAGGGGUUUGGAUGACCCCUCCCCUCCCCUCCUGAGAUCCAAUCAUAACCAUGAUUAUGUGACGUUGCAGGAGCGUGUGCGAGUACGUCUGAUGUGGGUGGAGUUCUGCAGUCCUGUCAGCCAGUUUGUGAAGGUUUCACUCAUUCUCACGUCACCCUCACCUUCCUGCUCAGCUGAUUGUCCUCGUAACACCCCCCCUCUCCUGUCGUACUGUUAGGAUUCCCUCAGCUCCCCCCCUAAAUGAAAAGCACUCUUCCUGACCCGGUGGGAGUUCGUAGGACUGCACUGCUUGUCUGAUUGAAGCAUUAAUGACUCACAAGACAGACAAACAUGGACGUGAUUUUUUUUACUCCGUCUUCCUCACAUGGAGAAGAACGAUGUAACCUAAACACUGGACUGACCAUGAGACGUUGACCACAUGUGACUGUGGUCUUUGGACUGAGCUGCGUUGACCACAUGUGACUGUGGUCUUUGGACUGAGCUGCGUUGACCACAUGUGACUGUGGUCUUUGGACUGAGCUGCCCACAGUACAACCCACGGACUCAACUGACCUCUACUAAAGGCACUUAGACACGCCAUAAAUGAGGUGUUUUCCCUCGCCUCCUCUGGAUAAGCCACCACAGGGAAUUAGGAACUUGACUGUCGCUGAGGGGCGGAGUUUGGCUGCUUGCGUUCCCUCUUGGAAACCAUCAUGCAUUCUUUUGAUCCAGUAGUGGGUCUUUCCACUUCAUGUGACGUCAUUAGCCCUGUGGAUUCAUGGGAAUUGGAGUCUUCCCUCGCACUGAGACAUUUAGACAGACUUGGACAAAACAGACUAUUUAACCCCGGGAUCUGUCCAGCAGCAGAGCAGCGGGAUAUUUUAUUUUAUUUUUUAUUAUCUUACCAUAAUUGCAUUUCAUUUGCAGCACUUUAGUUCUGGACUGACGCCUGCUCUUCGAGAAUAUACCGUUGUUUUAUUACGUUAACUAUUUCAUUGGUUGAUGACGCAGCUCUUCCCUCCUCAGGCGUAAAGGAGUCCGGAUGCUCGGUCCCCUUCUGGUUUCACAAGGAUUACAAUGUACUUUGCUGACUGUUCCCACAGAAAGGACUCGUCGUGGACUGAAAACUCCUAGCACACUAAUUACAAUCAGUAGAUCAUGCUGCCUCGGCAAAGCUAGAAGAACUAUAUUGUAACAAAGUAAAUCUUGGAAAAUUGGCUGUUUAGCUGUGCAGUCUAAAUGUCUUUCCAACACAUGUUCAGGUAGUAUUUUCCAAUUUGAUCAUGCCAAAUCAUCAAUACCAGCUAUUGGGUCUCAAAUUAGUCUUUUAAAGAAAAAGCUAUUAUUUGUUUAAGUUGGGUUUAGCAUCCGUCAUGUUGCUGAUGGUGCCAUAAUCCUCAUUCUACAGGAACUUUUCCAGAUGAUUUGAUGACAACUCCAGAUGAAAAACAUACUGGAGAUCACCUUAGUUAGCAAAGCUGAAUGUUUGUUUACCAAGUCCUCCUAACAUUGCUUACUUUUAUCAAAUCUCUGCAGGAGAUGACCAGCUCUACAUGUUAAUUACUGUUUGUUGUAUUGAGUUUGUGCAACUGUCCCCUGUUAUGCCAUUUGCAUAAAAGCUGUUUCAUGAA